CAUUAAGAGCGAAAAGGAAGCUACUUGGGAAUUCUUUCGGUUUUGUUGGUGAUGACAAUCACGAGAGAGGAAGCGGAGAGCAAGGAGAUGGAGAGCCUACGGGUGCACGCCAGCGCGCUGCUCUCGCUGUCGUCGCCGGCGCCGACGGCGUCGACGCCGGCGGAGAGGAGGGCGCUGGCGGCGGAGGGGGUGUUCGAGUGCAAGACGUGCAACAAGCGGUUCCCGUCGUUCCAGGCGCUGGGCGGGCACCGGACGAGCCACACGCGGCUGCAGGCCAAGAUGCUGAACGACCCCGCCGCGGCGGCGGCCGCCGCCGCCGAGAGGGACAGGGCGCGCGUGCACGAGUGCACCGUCUGCGGCCUCGAGUUCUCCAUGGGGCAGGCGCUCGGCGGCCACAUGCGCCGGCACAGGGGCGAGCCCGGCGCAGCCGUCGUGAUCACCGACACCGACUCGGGCGGCACCAGCGUGCCGCAGCCGCCGGCGGAGGCCAUGCCAGACCUCAACUACCCGCCGCUGGAGGACGCCGGCGACGGCCAAGAAUCGUCGUCCGGUCGCAGCUCGGAGCCCGAGUUACUAAACCUACUUGUAUAGGUUGCAUCGAUAGAUAGAUGUGAAUUGAAUUAGUGAUUGGUGCCUGUACAUACAUAUGGUGAUUAGAUUCUUUGUUUCUUUACCAAAUUGAUAGAAAAAAAUGAAGUAAAUUUUGGAGCGUGAUGAUCAUGACAUGUAACAGACUUUUGUUAACUGUAGAUAGGUAGCUCUAUUCAUUUGUUCUAUAUGUACAGAUGUGUUAAUUGAUUGAUUGGUUGGUUGCGGUUUAUUCUUUGUAAAUAAAAUAUCGAU